UAUUCUACAAUGUAGAAAAUAGUCAAAUAAAGAAAACCCUUGAAUGAGUAGGUGUUCUAAAACUUUUGACCAGUAGUAUGUUUAGAUGGUAGUGAUUAUCUACACUGAGGGCUUGUUUUGUCACAUAAACUGAAGUUAGGCAAACUAUUUUGAAUUUUUGCAACCAGGAAAUGGUGGAGCGAUUUCUGCAUAUUGCACCUUUUUAAGAAUUUGGUAAAAAAUUAUAAUAAAUGUAGGUAAACUAUCCCUUUUUAAAAUAGGUCUUGAAGAAAGUCCUGCAGGGGAUAUAUUUCCCCUUCAGAGGGUUUGAAAAUGUUCAUUAUAAUUAAUUACUCCAAGUCACCUCAACUUCAAGAAAAAUCUAAAGGUGGUUGAGGAUGACUAGUUGCAGACACUUGUCAUCUUUUAGUAUGUAGACAAGAUAUUUUGUGAACACAAACAAAAUUACAAAAUAAUUGAGGUAAGAUAUGUAGUCUAUUUCCCUUUGACUAAAUGAAGUGAGAUUAAGUUGUUAUCCACCUUGUAUUUCAAUAUAACCUAUUCUUAUUUAUGACUUACAGUCAACAUGUCCAUGACAUAGCUUACCUACAUGAAUGCCUACAAAAUGCAUAGCCUCUGACAAGCACUAAUAAUUAGCCUUUUUAGUGUGCAGGUCACACGCCUGACAGAGUGAGGUUUACAACAGUUAUCUACUGUGACACACUGUGUCAUCAUGAGAACAGUGACCCUGAUCACUGAAGUCUACUUUACUCUGAUCCUUCUCAGGGAUAUGAAGUGAAAAUCUAUUGGGAUCAGACCUAUCUAAAACUAAUGAUUACAUGUCUCUUUAGAAUGUGUUUCCGAGGGAUGCUGUAAAGCAGGCAUAGGCAACUAGAUUCAGCCUAGGCUUUUUUUUUUUUUUGCCCGAGCGACUGGUCGGAAGGCCGGAACAUAAUUAUAAUAAUUUUGAACACUGCAAGUUGACCACAACUAGGCCCAAAAAGAGACUGUAUUUGAAAAUAACAAUUUCAUACCUUGAUUGAGACACAAUCAUGUCUCUUUUUAAAUUUUUAUUCGUGGGAAUACUUGGGAACAGAUUUAUUAAAUUAAACUCAUUUUUAGACAAAUUCCUGGUGAUUAGUCAUUUUUUGACCAGUCUUUUUAUUUGUUAUUUUUGGUCACAUUCUGGUGUUGGUGCGUAAAGCAAGGUCAGCCGACAGCACAAGGCAGGGGACCGGGGGGAGAACGCACUGACAAGAACGUGUAGGCUACUGGGAAAGCAGGUUGUAGUAAGCACUUAGAGAGAGCUGAGAAGGUGUCGAAGGCCAAAGCUGUAAUGUGUGUUUGUCUUGUUGCAGAUUGAACUAAGUGUUCACUGCUGGGUGACAAUACAUCCACUUUGAGGAUAAACUGACAAGCAGUCAUCUGUGUCCUGAAUGUCACAAGAGCCACCACAAACUUUCAGACAGACCCCUCAACCCAAAUUCUGAAUACCCUCAACUCAGCUCUUUAGUGUUGAAGUCUGUGUUGAACAGAGUAGAGUGAAUUUGGGGGUGUUUUAGGUAGUGUUUUUGGGGCUGUGCCAGCCGGGUGGUGUCCCAUGGCGAUUAACAGUGAGGCGGGGGACUGGGCCGAGGCUGGGAGUGAAGAUGCUGGUGAGAGGGCGUGGCUACUGCAGAGCCCCAGUGUGGAGUCCGUUCGCCCCCCUUUGUCAGACAGGGAGAGGAAUGGAGGGGUGUCUGCCACAGCCGCUGUCUUCAUUGUGGUGAACGCUGCGCUGGGUGCAGGACUACUCAACUUCCCUGCCGCCUUCAACAUGGCCGGAGGCGUGAUUGCAGGGGUGGUGCUACAGAUGUCCAUGCUGAUUUUCAUCAUCAGCGGUCUGGUGAUCCUGGCAUACUGCUCCCAGGUCAGUAAUGAGAGCACGUACCAGGAGGUGGUGCGGGCCUCGUGUGGGAAGGUCACUGGGGUAAUCUGUGAGGUGGCCAUCGCCGUCUACACCUUUGGCACCUGCAUCGCCUUCUUUAUCGUCAUUGGAGACCAGCUGGACCGCUUGAUAGCUGCAAUAGCUCAUUUGCCAGACGGUGUGGUCGGUGGUCACUGGUACAUUGACCGUAAGUUCACCAUUUGUGCGACUGCUGUCCUGGUCAUUCUGCCUCUUUCCAUCCCCAAAGAGAUUGGCUUCCAGAAAUACGCCAGUGCGCUGAGUGUUGUUGGCACCUGGUAUGUCACCAUUGUGGUUAUACUGAAAUACAUCUGGCCUGAUAAAGAGAUGACCCCCGGCUACAUUGCAACCAGCCCGUCCUCCUGGAGUGCAGUAUUGAACGCCAUGCCCACCAUAUGCUUUGGCUUCCAGUGUCAUGUGAGCAGUGUGCCAGUGUUUAACAGCAUGAGAAGGAGUGAACUCAAGCCCUGGGGAGGUGUGGUCACCGUCGGCAUGAUCAUCUGCCUCUUUGUCUACACUGGCACAGGUGUCUGUGGCUUUCUGUCGUUUGGGUCUAAUGUCAGUCAGGAUGUGCUGAUGUCAUAUCCUCCUAAUGACAUCGCCGUGGCAAUCGCAAGGGCCUUCAUCGUCAUCUGUGUUAUCACCUCCUAUCCCAUUUUACACUUCUGUGGCCGGGCGGUGCUGGAGGGGCUAUGGCUCCGUUUCCGUGGCGAGCAGGUGGAAUUGUGUGUGAGGCGUGAGCGGAGACGCAGGGUGUUGCAGACGCUUGUGUGGUUCACAAUCACACUCGUCCUCGCACUCUUCAUCCCCGACAUUGGCCGAGUCAUCUCCCUCAUCGGAGGCCUGGCAGCCUGCUUCAUCUUUGUCUUCCCAGGUCUGUGUCUGAUUCAGGCAAAGCUCUCAGAAACAGAGGUCCGAUCUGCUAGCUGGCAUGGGAUGGUGGUCUAUGGUGUCAUCAUGGUAACCAUCGGCACUUUCGUCUUUGGCCAGACCACCGUCAAUGCAAUCUAUCAAGACUUCAUCCACUAUCCGGACAGCCAAUAGAAUUCUGACCAGGAAGACUCUUUGUUGGAGGAGGAGGAUGCAGGUCUAUGCUGCUAUUCUGAACUUUAUUGACUUAUAUCAGGAUGUGGAGGAUCCAAAACACACAUGCAAACACACUCCCUCCUGUGACAUCUCCUGCAUGCCGCAUGUCUCGUUGUCUCCCUGACGAUGAAACCGCUCCAUAGCAAGCACUCGUGUCACCCAGGGAGCGAUGCUCUAGGAUUGGACGAGAGUCCCGAGCGCAACCACUGACAAUGACCUAACUUUUUUUUUUUAAGAUUAUGCAAAUGUUAUGUUGUUUUUAUUAGAUUUUAUUGUGGGAACAGUCCUCGGUGUUUUCACCCCGUUGUGGGCUGCAGUACUAAAUCCAGCAUACACCAACCACUGCACUACAGGUGGCAUCCCAUCCCUCAAGAAACUGGGCAGUGAGAGAGGGUACCUCACUCUGAUGGGUGUUGUUACUGAUGAGUAAUGAACAUACUGUUUUAAGAAUGUGGCCAAACAUUUCCAUCCAUUUUUAUAGUAAUUUUACAAUUCAAAUGUUUAAGUGGUUUAAAGACGUAUCCUUCAACUGUAGUUCUGAAACCUGUGUAAUGUGGCAAGUGUAUUAUAAUUUUAAUUGAUUUUGAAUGCCUUUGAGAUUUCAGAAGUCUGGGGUCUCAGGCUGAUUCCUGUGGUUAAAAGAUUGUAUUGGGCCUAGCUUUAAACAGACAGAUAUUUUAAAUGUGCUUUACCGACAGAGAGAGAUUAGCUCUAGGCUACAGAAAGAGGUAAGGAACAAAAAUCUAUCAUGUUCAAAGGGAUUGUUCCUCAGGGCAGCAAUUACUGUUUUACAAUGACUUGAAUGAGAUUGGAAAUGCUUGAAAUUCAAUUACUUUUUGUUUUUAUUUGUAUUCCAUAAUUGGAGCCAAGGGAAAUAGUUUUUUCUGAACUGAACCAAUUUAGUAAUCUGGUUGAACAAUAAGCAGUCUUAGUAUCAUGAAUUCUCCUGUUAUCAAUCUACAUUUUAAUAAACAUGAUGGUUUUGUCAUUGAA